GUUUGGUUGAGACAAGAGCCACGAGUCGUAUGACAUUUAACGGUUUAUUUCCUUUGCAUUUCAAACUUCAGAUUUUAGAUCAGUAAACAAAUCAGUUCGAUUGCCGCCUGUAUCAUCACAUUGAAUUAUUCGGGCACACGUUUUUGCACAGAUUAUAUUACAAAAUAUCGCACUUUAAAAUGCGCUCAUUGCAAACACUGGUUGUGCGUCUGUUCAAUAACACGAUUAUGGAAAAAGACACUUUAAAUUUGAUUGGAAAAUUGUGCACUGAAUUACAACUGACACCCGACAUCGAAUUCACAUGCUAUCAAGCACACGCUGAAUACUGUAAGCGGUAUUUUGAAAAGCGAUUCAAACAGACGACAUUCGAGUAUAAUGGCGCAAUUAAUCAGACGAAUGAGCUAAUGCAGUCAAGUCAAGAAUUGGACGAAGUUGAAAAGACCACGCUGCUGCAUACCUUGGCUUUAAUAUCAAUUUGUGCCAAGUACGUGAAUGGAUUUCGGUCUGAAAAACUAUUUGUAAAACUAACACAGUAUUUAGAAAAUAACGGCACACCAUGUAGUUCACGAGAAUUCCGAAAUACCGAAUAUAUUGUCUUCAAGUAUUUGGAAUUCAAUAUCAAACCAUCGGAAUUGUAUGCUGAGGCAAUUGAAUUGGCAAGGAAAAUAUCAAAAAAACAUUGCGAUCUCGUUCAGUACAACUCUCUCCAUGACAGUUGUGUUAAUUUACUUCGUAAAAUAUACCAUUAUCGCAAAGAUUUCGAUGAAAUUCUACAUUACGUCGAAGAAAACACAUACAAUUAUUUUGGAAAUGAGGAAUUCAAAUUGGCAGCAGCAACAUUAUAUGCGUCAACAAUACUUAUUAAGUCGCAGGGCGGAAAUAUUGUUCUAAAUGAAAUUGUAAAAUUGACAUAUUUGAACGAAUCACUUGUACGAAAAUUGGGCCAGUCAGUGCAUGACUUCUAUUUAGAUUGCAUCAGAUAUUAAAUUUAUACAUUAAGUAUAUGACAUACUGAAGGGAAAAAAAUAUUCAAAACAGUGAUAUUAUUUUAUGGUUUAAGAGAUGAAAUAAAUUG